AUGCGAACGAACCUGGAACUUUUAAGACACGACCCUCAAAACUCAGCGAGGGGGAUCGGGAAGAAGGCGAAACAACUUUCCAACACGGGGGAACAACAAACAACACAGCACUUAACGUUACAGCACAGGAUACCCUUUCGAGUUCCGGGCAGAACUUUAUUCGCGAGCCGUAAGCUGAAAGUUUUACGCGUCGCGUGCCGUUUCAGGAGCGAGAAAGCGUACGCCCCGUUUCAGCGACUCUUCAGCACUGAAGCCGGCGGGCGAACGCAUGCGUCUGUCGACGCGGCAUUUGCUCUGUGCCGGCUUCGCUCGGACUCUGUGCGGGCCAGAUACGGAGGCUGCGAGGCAACUGGCCAC